GCAUUGAAUCAGCUGGCUUCGAAGAUGACUGCGCUUGCGCGUUACGGUGGUGAGGAUGUCUUUGUCAAGAUGCGGAAACUGAUCCAGGAGAUGAUUAGUGCACUGGAGCAGACCAACCGUGAAGAGAUGGGCAAGAAGGCCUUCUGCGAUCAGGAAAUGAAGCACACCAAAGCCACCUUGAGUGACAGACAGGAUGAAUCGAAGAGAAAGAGCGCAGCCUUGGAACUCACCACGGCACAGGUGGCACAGCUUCGAGAAGAACUGGCGAAUUUGGCUCAAGAGCUCGCAGACCUUGCCGAGAGUGAUCAGGAGCUCACCAAGAUGCGUCAGGCGGAGCACGAAGAACAUACGCAGGCCUACAAAGACCUGGAGCUUGGUCUUGCUGGUGUCCAAACUGCCAUCAAGGCCCUCCGUGACUACUACUCCCAAGAUCGCCCUGUUCAACUGGACAUGGCAGCAUCCAUGGCCUUGGCGGCCGAUGGCCGUGCCCCUCGUGUCGACAUCGCCGAGGUGUCCACCGCUGGAGCCGGAGUCAUUAGCUUCCUGGAGGUCGUGGAAUCCGACUUUGCAAGAAACAUGGCAGAUUUGCAGUCCCAGGACAGAAAUGCUCAGGAGGCCUACGAAAAGCUGAUGCAGCAAAGCAAGGUGGUGAAAGCUCAGAAAGAGGCAGAUGUAAAGCACAAGACAACCGAGGCGACCAAUCUGGAGCGAAGCGCAACUGAGCUUCGGUCUGACACAGCCUCUGCCAAGCAGCAGCUGGAAGCCGUUACAGAGUAUCUGGGCAAACUCCAGGAAGAGUGUACUGCCAAGGUUGAAACUCGAGAGGAACGGAUGGCCAAGCGGCAGAAAGAAAUGGAAGGCUUGCAGGAAGCUCUAUCCAUUCUUGAGUCUGCCGUCAGUGUGUGAUGGCAGCAGUUGGUUGAUGGUCGAACUCCCAGCAAAUAUAUGGAGCUUUCCUGCGGUUUCUAAACUUUGCACCAAAGUUAACUGCAGCAACUGGAACAUGGAACAUGUUUGAAGCGAAUACUGCGCAACUGCAGACACGUCAAGUAAGUAGAGUAUGUUUAGCAGAUUCAUUGAUGAGCAACACGACAGGGAAAUCGAUGCUGUUUUCUACCGAAUCGUUGGCAUCUGCCAG